UUCACAUCUGCUCAGUGGGGCGACAAGGACAGGGCUUUAGGUGGGAAAGAGGGCAGAAAAAAGUUCACUUUUCCCUGCUGGGUGCCAAGAGAACGGGACAGGACUCAACUUUGCCGGAGCCGCAGCUGUGUGCUACGGACCGAUCAUGGGUGACUGGAGCUUUCUGGGUAAUAUUUUAGAGGAAGUCAACGAGCACUCUACGGUGAUCGGCCGGGUGUGGCUCACGGUGCUCUUCAUCUUUCGCAUCCUCAUCCUGGGCACAGCAGCAGAGUUUGUGUGGGGCGACGAGCAGUCUGAUUAUGUGUGCAACACACAGCAGCCUGGAUGUGAGAAUGUGUGCUAUGACGAGGCCUUCCCCAUCUCCCACAUCCGCCUGUGGGUGCUGCAAAUCAUCUUUGUGUCCACGCCGUCUCUGGUGUACGUGGGUCACGCUGUCCACCAUGUCCACAUGGAGGAGAAACGCAAAGAGCGGGAGGAGGCAGAACUUAGCCGGCAACAGGAGCUGAGUGAGGAGCGUCUUCCUCUGGCACCUGACCAGGGAAGCGUCCGCACCACUAAGGAGACCAGUACAAAAGGAAGCAAGAAGUUCAGGCUGGAGGGCACCCUGUUGAGGACCUACAUCUGCCACAUCAUCUUCAAGACACUGUUUGAAGUGGGCUUUGUGGUGGGUCAGUACUUUCUGUAUGGCUUCCGCAUCUUGCCGUUGUAUAAAUGCAGCCGCUGGCCCUGCCCCAACACGGUGGACUGCUUUGUGUCUCGCCCCACGGAGAAGACUGUCUUUAUCAUCUUCAUGUUGGCUGUGGCCUGUGUCUCACUGUUCCUAAACUUUGUGGAGAUCAGUCACUUGGGCCUGAAGAAGAUUCGCUUUGUCUUUCGAAAGCCAGCUCCUGCUCCGGGGCCUUCCCAAGGCGAGGGGUUGGCCCCCCUGCCGCCACAAGGGAAGAGCCUGUCCCCCCUGGCUGUUCCCUCUCUGCAGAGAGCAAAAGGUUACAGGCUGCUGGAGGAGGAGAAAGCUCCCCCCAUGACUCACCUCUACCCACUGGCUGAGGUGGGCAUGGAGGCUGGCAGAGGGACCCCACCCUUCCAGGGGUUGGAGGAGAAAGCGGAUGAAGUGCUGCCCAUGGAGGACAUCUCUAAGGUGUAUGACGAGACUCUGCCCUCCUACGCCCAGACCACUGAGACAGGAGGGGUAACAUUACACGAGGAAGAGGCUGAGGAGGUGCAGCCGCCAGAGGUGGAAGCAGAGAGGGUGGAUCUGGCUGCAGAAGAGGACAUCGAGGUAGAGGAGGCGGUGAAUGGGGAGGGGGCAACUCCAGCAGAGGCAGGAACGGAAGCUGCGGAAACGAUAGAAGACAACAGGCCGCUGAGCCGACUGAGCAAAGCCAGCAGCAGGGCCAGGUCAGACGAUCUCACCGUAUGAACCUGUGAGACACCUGCACACACUAAAACGUUCAAUGUGAAAGAGAGCAGACACACCUAUCUCAAGACAAUGCACACUCUUGAACAGGCAGGUCAGAAACCAAAUGUAUGAAAAACAAAAUCAACAGGGACUAAAACCUUUUAGGAUUACCAAGUUACAAAAAACCCCAACAAAAACAAAAAACAAAAAAAUGUUUGUGAUAACUAUGAAAUAUUAAAAAAAAGAGUAGA